AUGCAAGUGGCAGUGUAUGUCGAGGCUUGGAUCCCAGUUGGCCAAACCUCAGAAAGCAUGGCAACGGACAUUCACAACGAAUGGGGCGUGGGAUAUCGGACAGCGUGUGGCAGCUCAGGCUUAUUGAUCUAUUUGGCUGUGGAGAGUCGACAAAUCUACAUUUCUCGAGCCAAGGCAUUAAAGCAAGUCAUCACUGACGCAGUCCUUCACGAGGUGAUGGACGAUAUGAAGCCUCUACUAAAAAGUCACUUGGUGGGAUCUGCCCUCCAAUUGGCCAUUGUGGAACUAACAGAAUAUGCUCAAUUGGAAAAAGUUGUCGAUUGCAACGAGUCUGCAUACUUGCUGCUGUAUUGGUCUUUCAAGUUGUCAUUGGAGAAAGGAGAACCGCGAAAAGAAGAAGCAAGAACAUAUAUUGAACAUACCCUGCGUGGAAUGGAUCAAGAUCGAAAGCAAGCGCUUCAGGACAGCCGUUACAUUGCAACAUCUUGUCCCGUUUGUCUGGAGGAUUUUCUCGCCGUCAGUGCUCCACUGGAAGUAGCAUCUGAAACGACGCCUCUCAAAGCAGGAAAAGUAGAGAAGCAGGAUCCCUCAGGCGAGCUAGUGGGAUCCGAUGGAAAACCCUUAAAGAUGUUGGCUUGUGGCCAUGUCUUUGAUGAAACUUGCAUAUUCGAGUGGUUCCAACAAUCCAACAACUGGGAGACCAAUACUUGUCCAAUCUGCCGACAGCAAACACGCCCCAAAAACAACUUUGUGACGGGAGAGCAAUUUGACUUGAGAGCGUAUGAAGAGGAACGCCGCUUUCGUUUGGAACGACUGCAAGCUCGUUAUCCAAGCUACAUUGAGCCCUAUUAUGUCCACAGCUGGACCGAGGGUGACCACCAUGGUGCUCUAUUGGAAGAUUAUCAAUGGCGUCGAGAAGUGAUUCUCGCAGAGGAACGACGCCACCAUAAUGCAUCGAGCUCCAGUAGUGGUGGUGGCGGUGGCGGUGGCGGAGACUACGGUGGUGGUGGCGGUGUAGAUGAUUUUGGUGGAGGUCACGCUGAUGGAGGAGGUGCGGGUGAUAGCUGGUAG